AUUAAUGAGCUUAACAUCAACGCAACUUCUAGAAAAAGCCAUUAUCAACCAUUUUCACUGAACCAUAGAUCUUGAAUUCAGAGCUACUUUGAAGAAGCAACUGAAGCUGAAACUUGGGUUGAAUCAAAGAUGUCUUGGCAAACAUAUGUUGAUGAGCACUUGCUUUGUGAGAUUGAAGGUAAUCAUCUCACUUCUGCUGCUAUUGUUGGCCAGGACGGAACUGUUUGGGCUCAAUCUGCCAAUUUCCCUCAGUUCAAGCCCGAAGAAAUAACAGGCAUCAUGAAUGACUUUGCGGAACCUGGAACACUUGCUCCAACUGGUUUGUAUCUUGGGGGAACAAAAUACAUGGUGAUUCAAGGAGAGCCAGGAGCUGUGAUCCGAGGGAAGAAGGGUCCAGGUGGUAUCACCAUUAAGAAGACCAACCAGGCUUUGAUCAUUGGAAUAUAUGAUGAGCCGAUGACUCCUGGACAGUGCAAUAUGAUUGUUGAAAGGUUGGGUGACUAUCUUGUUGAACAAGGUCUCUAGGCAUAUUGGUAAGUUGACUCCAAAUUUCUGCCAUUGGCAUGGGUAGGCUUUAAUUUGUCUCUUUAAUUCCACACUUUAAUUAUAAUGAGUUGAAUAUUUUUGCAGUGUAUUACUGUCAUCCUUACAUAGUUGUGGCCGUUAACAAGUCAUCAUGUGUGCUGUUUACUGAGGAGAAGUUUGUAAUCAUCAACUGCUCUAUCGUUGUAUUUCUUUGUUCUAUGUUUUUAGUGAUAUAAGAUUUUGUCAUUGAGCACUUGGUUGGUUAUAUAUAAUGGA